GUAAUUUAUUCACUACCAUUCCGAGAUGUUUUUCAUUCUUAUCUUCUUUGAUCUAUUAGAUAAAUGAUACAAAAUUUUGGUUAUUAUAACAAUAAUAUGCAUUUUCCUUCUUAUGAUUGGAGACUCUCGUUCUAUAAUCGUAGGUUAGAGAUCAAUGGCUUUCUAAGCUCUCGAACUUCAAAAAAAAAGUCGAUGGAAGGAAAAAUGCAUUCAAUGAGUCGGUCAUUAUUUUAUUUCUUUAUUUAUUAUUGAUGCAAACCCCUCAUCAGAUUGUAUUAAUUUAGGCAAUAAUACUUCAAAUAUCUGUUAGGGAAAAUGGAAGAGAAAAUGGAAUUUCUC